AUGCCGAUCCGUCCUCUUGAUGAAUGGGCCGUUGGCCGUACCCAGUCCCUACCCCUCUCAGCACUGAAGGGUGCCGUUGUUGGCAUCGAUGCGGCGCACUACAUCAACCAACACCUCGUGAACCAGUCAACCCGGGAAGCGCUCUUGGGCGCACUAGGCGGAUUCCCGUUCGCCUUGAGGGCUAGUAUCGAGAAGGAAUUGCAGACUUUCAGCAACCUUGGCGUUGCCACGAUCUUCGUCUUCAAUGGAUUGGAAUUCGGCAAGAAAGAGCACCGUACCCAGCCCGCAUCGUCGCGCUCAUUCGAACAAGCUUGGGAACUUUACGACCAGCAACAGGCUGACCAGGUGGUCGAUGCCUUCAGCAGUGCUGGUAUGACCACUCACUAUCCUUAUUUCAAUCUUUCCCCAGUGACGGACCCGUGGAGCUUUUACCAUUAUCAUUGGGCCCAGCGAAGCUUCCCAACAAGCGCUGACACAACCAACCCCUCAGGCACCCCGCCCCCGGAGACCCUCUUCAAGUACCUGCAACGUAUUUUGACCCAGAACGGAGUGGAAUUCAUCGUAGCGCCAUACAGUGCCGCGGCUCAGCUCUCUUAUCUCGCCCGUGGUAGCAAUCCCGUGGUCGAUGCCGUUUUUGCCCCCUCCGAAGCCCUCUUGUUUGACAUUGACAAGCUGGUCACCCGUAUCGACAUCGAGCCCGCGCAAUUCUUCUGGAUCACGAAGCAAACAUGCCAAGAGGAACUGGGUCGACUUUCAAAUGAACAAUUUCUGGAAUUUUGUUUACUACUGGGUUCCCCCUUCUUGCGCUCCCUCCCACUUUUUGAGAACCCUGCUUACCCGGGAAAAGCCCCACCAUUCGUGAUGCGCUGCCGAUGUUCAACGCAGCUGGACGCAUUUGAAGAGGAUCGCCGUAUGCAGGAGCUUCAAUACGCAGAUCUGUAUAAGCGAGCGUAUAUGAUUGUCAAGCACCAUGUCUACAUUGACGUGGAAGGUCGAGUCGGUCCUAUGGAUCCAGAGAAUACCUCAUCGGAUAUGCAUGAGCUUAUUGGGCAGCGCCUCCCAGAGGAGCUGUACUUCUAUCUCUCUAAAGGUAUUAUUGGAGCUGACGUACCCAACUUCCUCACAACUGGCGAGGUUCGCAUCCCGUUACCGCUGGGUACCGAAGACACCGAGAUUUACCGCCAACUCGUGGGUGACAUCUUGACACCCCUUCGCACUCAGUCUAUUUGCCUUCUAGCGAACUCGCUUCAUCGAUUCUACCAAACCAAAGUCAUUCGGAUUCGCCCGUGGUUCGAUGAGAACUCAGAGAGGACGAUCAACCUCAAGGGCAUCCCGUCAGUCAAGGAAACCAUCCAUUCCUGGAAGAUCCACGGAGACCAAUUCCCUGAAAGUAUCAAGAAGCUUCAGGCGCCUCGCGGAUCCUUCAAGUUUGCUGUCCAGAGCUUAAGCGACUCCGACUUUACAUCCAAGUCAUUUGCUAAUAGAGAAACACCUGCCCUUUCAUCACAGGAGGACAUCUUAUCUAAUGUUAUGUGGCGCUUCCUGCAACUUCGUGGAUACGUGGACGACAAGCACAAGCUCACUCCGUGGGGCCAGUGUCUAGUGCAGGCACUAUCAGGUAUCGAGCCCGCGGACAACCUCGAGGAAUCUAUAUUCGUUGCUAUUGAGAUGAUCCGCUUGGGUCUCCUCAACACCAAGAACUGGUUUUCACAUGUAUCUGGUGGUCCCAUGCGAGGGUCAGAAGACGACAAGACCUUCAAUAUGCUGGUUUCGCGUGUUGCAUGCGUUGCCAAGCUUCAGCACAAGAGCAUUGGAUACUCUGGACCUCUGAGCCGUCAACUCCUUUGCUACCGCUCUUUGAUUUCCCAGGUGCGCUCUGCACUGAGGAAUCUGGUCGAGGUGGUACUGGCUGGUCUGCUGCUCAGUGGUGACGCUGACCGGGACCGCAACGACUGGACCGAGAUGGCUAUCAAGCUUCCGUUUAUUGAUGAUAACGACUGUGGACUCGGAAUUGCGGUCCGGACUUACCUCGACGACCUACCUCUACAAGCAAAUCCGACAUCGCCCGAGGCUCGCGCGGAUGUGAAGGCGAAGGGCAAGGAAUGGUUCCAACACAGCGAGAGCUUUAUUGGAAACCUGGAGUUGGCAUUCAAGCUGUGGGAUGCGGUCUACGCAGGCACACAGAGCACGGGCAAGGAGUUCAAGGAAGCCAAGUUCUGGGAAGAUGCAAACAAAUGGCUGGCAGAGAGACGAUGA